UAUUGUGAAGAAAAGGAGACGGAAGGGGAAAUUAACGCUUGUGGGUCACAGGCUGCUGCUGUGUCCACGAUAGUACAGUAAUUCAUUUUUAUUCCGAUGGCGAACAGAACCGUUAAAGAUGCCAACAGUAUACACGGCACUAACCCGCAGUAUCUGGUGGAGAAAAUCAUCCGGACUCGAAUCUACGAGUCCAAGUACUGGAAGGAGGAGUGUUUCGGUCUGACCGCUGAGCUGGUUGUGGACAAAGCCAUGGAGCUGAAGUUUGUUGGUGGAGUUUAUGGUGGAAACAUCAAGCCCACUCCCUUCCUCUGCCUCACGCUGAAGAUGCUGCAGAUUCAGCCUGAGAAAGACAUCAUCGUCGAGUUCAUCAAAAACGAAGAUUUCAAAUACGUUCGUUUGCUUGGAGCCAUGUACAUGAGGUUAACCGGCACCGCAGUGGAUUGUUACAAAUACCUGGAGCCGCUCUACAACGACUACAGAAAAAUCAAGAGUCAGAACAGAAACGGCGAGUUUGAGUUGAUGCAUGUGGACGAGUAUAUCGACGAGCUUCUUCAUUCAGAGCGGAUGUGUGACAUCAUUCUGCCCCGACUUCAGAAGAGACAUGUCCUCGAGGAGGCUGAGAUGUUGGACCCACGCAUCAGCGCUCUGGAGGAAGACCUGGAUGAAGUGGAGAGCAGUGAAGAAGAAGAUGAGGAAGAAGAGAAGCCGGAGAGACUCCAGACCCCCGAGCCACACAGACGCAGUUACCGUGACAACGACAGACCUCGUCGAUCUCCAUCGCCGCGUUACAGACGCAGUCGCUCGCCCAGACGGAGGAGUCGGUCUCCAAAGAGGCGAAGCCCGUCGCCCCGGAGAGACCGCCAUCGCAGCAAGAGCCCUCGCCGCCAUCGCAGCCGGUCCAGAGACAGACGCCACCGCUCCAAAUCCCCAGGUCACCACAGAAGCCACAGACAUCGCAGCCACUCCAAGUCUCCCGAGAGGAGUUCAAAAAAGAGUCACAAGAAGAGUCGAAGAGGAAACGAAUGAUUUUACUUUCAUUUUUUUUUUCUCAGAAAUCUGACCUCUAAGUCUGUUUGGCAAUUUGCUUUAUUUUAUUGUUUUUUUUUUUUUAAAUUGUAAUUUCAGUUGUCGAUGUAGGCCCGCAGCCCAUUUUCAGAUCAAUAGUCACUGUUAAUACCUGUUUGGAUCUGUGAAAAGGUAGAAAACGUGUUUCGUACUCUGACCUGACAUGUGUCACAGAAAUAAAGGCCCUGAUUUAUUA